CGAGGGUCCUCUCUCAGAAGACGCCUUGGCCAACCUCAAGCUCUACAAGUACUCGUCUGUAGACAAGUCUUUCACCUCGCGCUAUGUCCUGAAACACUAUGUACGUUGAUUGCGCACCUCUAUCAUCGGUCUCUCCAGCAAGAUUGCAACAAACACACACAUACGAAGGAAGAGCAUGGGGAAAGGGCAUGACGGAACCCUGCAUACAAGCAGACAUUGGAUACGCAAAGAGACAAGAUGGGCUGACAUUGGAUUGUUGAUGAAUAGUGGAACGCAUGCGUCGAAUUCCUGCCGCUAUGGCUGGCACCAAACAUGGUCACCCUGCUGGGCUUCUUCUGCAUCCUCAGCAAUGUCAUCCUCAUGCUCAUCUAUGACCCUGCUUUGACCGGCCUGGCUCCGUCAUGGGUCUACUACAGCUACGCCCUCGGCAUCUGGUCGUACAGCACCAUGGACAACAUUGAUGGCAAGCAAGCCCGUCGUACUGGCACUUCGUCUCCUCUGGGCGAGCUCUUCGAUCACGGCAUUGACAGUCUCAACUGCACCCUCGCAUCCCUCCUCGAAACAUCAGCCAUGGGUCUCGGCUCAACACGCCUUGGUGCUCUCACCGCGCUCAUCCCCACACUGCCCAUGUUCUUCUCGACCUGGGAGACAUACCACACCCACACCCUGUUCCUCGGCUACUUCAAUGGUCCUACCGAAGGCCUGAUCAUCGCUGCGCUCAUCAUGAUUCUCUCCGGCUACUACGGCCCUACCCUCUGGACAUCUCCGCUUGCGUCUCUCUUCGGCCACGAACAAUUCCUGGGCAAGACCAGCUUCCUCGAUCUCUGGGGUCCUAUUCUGUUGCUUGGACUCUGCCUGGCACAUAUCCCUGAUUGCGUCAACAACGUAUACCAGGCCAGAAGAGGCAGAAGUCAACCCUUGAUACCCACAUUGCUGGAGUGGGCUCCCAUCUUCAUCUUCACUGGUUCUUUGUGCGCAUGGCUGGGAUCACCUUACUCGCAUUUGCUCAAGGAUAACCACCUGUCUCUGCUCUGCUUCACCCUUUCACCUGCAUUCGGUCGCAUGACAACCAAAAUCAUCCUCGCCCAUCUCACUCGCCAGGAUUUCCCCAUGUGGACUGUCAUGCUGGCUCCCCUCAUCACCGGCAGCGUUCUCGUCAACUUGCCCUAUAUCGGUCUCCCCGGUCUGUCCGCAACCACCGAGCUCUGGUUCUUGAGAGGUUACUUCGCAUUCGCUACCAUUGUGUAUGCUCGCUGGGCCGUCUAUGUCUGCAAUAGCAUUUGCAACUACUUGGGUAUCAACUGCUUGACCAUUCCCGAAGACAAAUGGCUCGCAUUGAAAUCCGGCGCUCCCCCAAACCAAAGACCCGAGGCCACUCGUCUCGCAUCUGGAUCUGUGAGAAUGAAGGGCGGUGCCAAUGGCAAGUUUGCUUAGACCGCACCACGUCAUCGGUAUGCGGUAACACCUACCACUCGUCUUUGAUGUGUGUUUCUGCCACACGGGUGGGACAAAAAUGAAGGAUUCUUGAAGAUUGGAUGAUGACACGCUCGUUCUUUGAUUUUGCGUUUUCCAUGGAAGGAGGGAUGGUUGAUCGUCCAUUCCUUCUGCUUAUGUAUACAUGUAAUGAGGAUCUUCUUUUCCGCGACACGAUAGAAUGAGGCUUGAUGAUGGCCAAGAUAGAAAUGAAAAACCUAAUGCAUCGGAACUUUGAUAUUGUUCGGCUAGACUGUGAACGUGUUUGCUGAUGUUGCUUCGUCAGAUGGUCACACAGUCAGUGGCCUGUCAGUUAUUGAGAGAUGCUUUCC